AACCGUUGUAUUUAAAUUUUUUGUGCAAUUUAAAUAUUCUGAUUAUGAUAAAAGUAGCGGUAUCUCAAACUGAAGACGAAGAAUUAAUACCUGUAGAGGAGAAGACAGAAGUACCACCAUUCGGAACUCGGGAACACAUUCAUUAUUGGAGUGAAUUGGAAGGGAAUCUCCCGUCUCCGAUUGAUGUGUCUAUAACCGUUAUCUUGGGAGCAAAAUGGAGAACCGAGCGACCAUAUUUGGAAGGCGGGCCGUUUUUAGAAAAGCACGUAUUCUCACAGGCACACUUUCAUUGGGGAGCUAACAUGAUGGAAGGCAGUGAACAUACGGUUGAUAGACAACAGCAUCCUGGUGAAAUGCAAGCAAUUUUCUUCAGAGCUGAAUACAUAACACAAGAAGAGGCGAUGCGCCAUCCUGACGGUGUUGUGGUGAUCUGUAAUAUUAUCAAGUACGGCGUAAAUCCCGACGAGCGUCUUGAAUGGAUAAUAGAAGGGUUUCCACGAAUACGAGAAGCACAAACACACACACGUAUCGGGCCGUUACCUUUGUCACGUCUCUUGCCAAUGUUCUACGAAGAUUACUUCCUGUACUGGGGAAGUUUGACUAAUGUGAAAGGAGAGAGCUGCGUAGUUAGGUGGCUUGUUCCGCGGAUAACUUUGUUCGCCUCGUUCGAACAGAUGAAAGAGUUCCGAAAACUUUGGGAUCCAUGGGAUGAACCGAUUAUACGGAACUUCCGACCACUGCAAGAGAAACACGAUCGACACGUGUUCUUCAUACGUCCUCAUUGGAACCAAUAUAGGUCUUUAUUGCCAAUACCAAAACUACCAGAACCGUCGAUAACGAUCGUUUCACCAGAAUACCGAGCGAAGCCUUGGAUGUUCCCUCCACAAAAUGCGUACAUGCUCCCGGAACCGGAACAAGAAAAUGAUGACUCUCAGCGAAAAUAA